AUGUAUUCUAUACAUUGCAUUGUGGAUUUUUAUCUUUUAGCAUCGGCCCCAAUUAACAGUAUUAAUCAGUCAGCAAACUGCACAUACUUGUAUUACUGUACAGGCAUUUCGUCAUGGUCGUUAUGGAACAUCCACGAUACGAAUACAAUCAUGAUGAAUAUUGAUACAACAAAUUGUAAUCUUAGUGGAGUACCUGUCUACUUCACCAGUAUGGGUGGACUCAAUCAUAUUUAUGCUUUGCAGAGUUAUGAUGCUAUAUAUUCUCCUACGAUUGAUUCUUUUGGAGUCCUUGCUCGUUCGAUGCUAGGCUGGAAUUCAUCCACUAUGCUUGGUUAUGCUCAAAGUUACGCUUGGGAUCUCAAUUGGUUCGGUAUGUUUCACUGA